AUGGCAGGGCCGCCGGAGAAGUCCCUCACUGUGCCGCCCGGCCCCACCCCCAAAGCCGAAGUCGACACCGACGAUGUCGUGCCGGACAAGCUGCUGGCGCCCAAGAUGUCGACGUACCGCCUUCCUCGCUUCAACUCGCGUCGCCUCACCCCCAACAGCUCGUUCGGCGACUGCGACCGACUCCCGCGCACCGGGAGCAUGUUCCCCGAGCCUCGCCAGCUCACCACCGACGACCUCCUGAGUGCCGACGCCUUGAUGGCCGACGACGUCUUCACCAUGAACUCCACUCUGUCCACCGUCAUCGAGAACGCCCUGGGUCGUCCCAUUCCGGGCCUCGAGCUCAAGAGCGGCAGCCUCGAAGUGCCCACUCUGUGGUCCAAUCUGCAGCAAGCCCUGAGCUCAAAGAGGCUCACGGUCGAGAAGAAGAUCCUGCGUGGAGUCACAGGCGUCUUCAGGCCGGGCCGCAUCACGCUCGUGCUGGGCCAGCCUGGCUCGGGCAAGUCCUCGCUCAUGAAGGUGCUGGCCAACCGCUUCCACAUGGACAAGAACAUCUCGCUCGGCGGUGACAUUGAGUAUAACGGCAAGGAGCGGUCCUUGAGGGAGCGACUAAAUUAG